AGACCUGACUAUAUAGAGAGCAACAUGAACUUUGUUGAAGAUACAAUUAACCACCUAUUUAUGUGGACAAACAAUAUAGAAGUUCAAACCACCUUUCACAAUCUCAAAGAGCUACUGAGGCUACAAGAUGGUUGGCACAGUAUCUUUCCUGACAAAGACUUUACAUAUAGCUGUACAAAAAAUGUGCAAAUCCAAGGAUCAAGCAAAAAAGCCAUCAGAAUAUACCAGUCAUGUAUAAACAGAAUCUACAUGAUGAAUUGA